AUGGCGAAGAAGAAGGCACCGAAAGACGGCGGCGGCGGCGGCGGCGGCGACGCGAAGGCCGCGAAGACGCCAUCGAAGCGCGCCGGCAAGCCGAAUGCGAAACCGAAAGAGGACACCGUCCUCACCGGAACCCCCGGCGAGGGCGGCGACGUCGUCGAUUUCGGGUUCGAGCGCACGGAAGCGCUCACCGGGCGACGGCUGAAGGCGGAGAAGAGCUCCAAGGCGAAGAGCAAAUCCGGCGGGUUCGAGGCGAUGGAUCUCCUCCCGGACGUGUUCCGCGCGAUUAAACGGAAAGGCUACCGCAUCCCCACCCCGAUUCAGCGCAAGGCGAUCCCGGUCGCGCUCAGCGGCGCGGACGUCGUCGCGAUGGCGCGGACCGGCAGCGGGAAGACCGCGGCGUUCCUCAUCCCUGUGCUGCACAAACUCCGCGCGCACUCUCUCAAGGCGGGCGCGCGCGCCAUCGUGCUCUCCCCCACGCGCGAGCUCGCGCUGCAGACGUUCAAGUUCGCGCAGGAGCUCUCGAAGUUCACGGACCUGCGAUGCGUGUGCAUCGUCGGCGGCGACUCCAUGGAGGCGCAGUUCGAAGACCUCGCGACGAACCCGGAUCUCUACGUCGCCACCCCCGGCCGUCUGCUGCAUCACGUGGAGGAGAUCGACGGGCUCACGAUUCGCUCGGUGCAGCACGUCGUCCUCGACGAGGCCGAUCGCUUGCUCGAGAUGGGGUUCAGCGAUCAGCUCAGGGACAUCAUGCGGCAAGUCUCGGACGUGAGGCAGACGUUGCUGUUCAGCGCGACGAUGCCGAGCCAACUCGCGGAGUUUGUCCGCGUCGGGUUGCGCGAUCCGCAGGUGAUUCGCUUGGACGCGGAGAUGAAAAUCUCGGACGACCUGAGGCUGUCGUUCGUCGUCACGCGAGCGGACGAGAAGAUCCCGAUGCUUCUGUACAUCCUGAGAGAGGUCAUUCCGGAUAAGCAGCAGACCGUGGUGUUCACCGCGACGCGUCACCACGUCGAGCUGCUCAUGGCGGUGUUGGAAGAGGAAGGCGUCAAGUGCAGCGCCGUGUACGGCUCCAUGGACAUGGCCGCGCGUAAAAUCAACAUCGGGAAGUUUCGCGCGCGGAAGAGCGAAGUCUUAGUCGUCACCGACGUCGCCGCGCGCGGUAUCGACAUCCCGCUGUUGGAUAACGUCGUGAACUUUGAUUUUCCGCCGCGGCCGAAACUCUUCGUGCAUCGCGUCGGACGCGUCGCGCGCGCCGGGCGGUCGGGCGUCGCGCACUCCAUCCUCACGAAAGAAGAGAUGGGCUUCCUCGUCGACUUGCAUCUGUUCUUAGGACGGUCGUUAGUCGCCGCGUCGACGACGCCGCCGGACAACCGCGAGGAAGCGCGCGCGCUGUGCGAAGACGCGGACAGAGAGCAGCGAAGCGUCGUCGGCGGUGCUCCUCCGACGUCCCUCGACCUCGUGCAAGAUCGCGUGCGGGACAUCUUCCAGUCGAAAGUCGAGAUGGACGGCAUGCGAAAGGCGUGCGAUAACGCGUACAAGCUGUACCAGCGAACGCGAGGAAGCGCGGGGAACGAGUCCGUGGCGAGAGGCGCGGAGCUC